UUAUUGCUUUUGUAUGAUUAUUGAAUCAUUUCGCAAUAGCCAAAUAUUGCUUCGUGAACAAUUUUUGAUUUAAUUUUAAUUUAACAGCGAUUUAAGAAUAGGAUUUAUGUAAAGUUGUCGGCAUUUCAAAAAACUUCAAAUACUUUAGUUUGUGCUAAAAUAAUUAUUACCGACUUAUGUGUCUGAUUUAGUUUAUAACUUUUUGAUUUCCAAUUUUUCAUUCUAAUACAGUAGUGAUUUAAAAAUCUCGUCAAAACGGCGGGCCGAGGCAACAUGAGAAGAGCAAGAGAUGGAUAUCACUAUCAGCCAAUUCCUCGAACUGUUACUGAUGACGUUGUCGAACAUGAAAACAACAUGAUGGCAGAGGAGCUUAGUGGGAAAAUAACAACCCUAAAACAUAUGUCCAUAGAAAUUGGUAAUGAGGUCCGAUACCAAGAUAAACUUCUUCGAGGUCUGGAUGAUGAUGCAGAUAGAAGUUCAGGAUUUUUGGCAAAAACUAUGGGAAGAGUUUUGAGAAUUGGGAAAGGAAACCACAAUUACUACAUAUUUUACUUAUUCUUAUUUUCUAUAUUUGUUUUUUUCCUGCUGUACAUUGUAUUGAAGUUCAGGUGAUUAUAAAUUAACUAUAAAAUAAUGAGUGUAUUGUAACUCAUUCAAUCCAUUUAACAUAAAAUGAAAUGCUAUGUAAAUAUGUAUUAUACUGUAUCUAAUGGCUUUUUUUAAUAUAUAGUGUUUAUAAAUUACUUUGGUAUUUGUGAUAAUAUUAUGUAAACCAAUAAAUUAAAUUUAAAAAUU